CACUUCUCUCUUCCUCUUCCUCCAUCAUCAUUAGGCAACUCAACUAAACCUAAACCCUAACCCUCUCUCAUAUGGGCAAUACGAUCACUCCAUGUUAUUGUCAACCAAAUUCACGUUCAUUGGUGAAGCUAAUCUCAUGGGAAGGAACCACAAGGGUUCUCACCGGAAAACGGCUAGCCGGAGAGAUCAUGUUCCAGUUCCCGGACCGCAUGGUGUGCCAUGCAGACUCAUUCUUCAUCGGCCACCCCAUCCCAGCCCUAGCCAUCGACGACGAGCUCAUGACCGGACAAACCUACCUCGUCCUCCCCCUCGAUUGCUUCACAUGUAACGUGCUGUCGGCUUCUUCCCUGGCCGCCCUAGGCGCUAGCCCUAAACCGGCGCCGGUCAACUUCAAAGGGUGCCCAUUUGAAUACAUAAAGGGCUCAAAUGGAAGAGUGUUGAUCAAGGUAUUGCCGGAGUUCAUAAUUAAGCUUAUCACAAGAGGGAAGGAACUAGAAGGGGGAAAAGAAGAGUCAGGUACUAGCCCUAGCCAUAGUUUUCUUUGUAGCACACCAGAGUUGAAGAAGCACUAUGAUAUGUUGGUUGGGCCUAGAGAGCAAGUUUGGUCACCUAAGCUCGAGACCAUUUCCGAAUAUAAAAUUAGGUAUUCACCAUGCAGAUUUAUAGGUUUGGAAUGGAAACAGAAAGAGAAUGAAGGAUAAUCAAUUAUAUAUUUCUUAUAUAGAUCUAGAUAUAUGGUGAUUAGUGCUGUGUUUUUAUUUUUUUGUCAGUAUUGCAAGUUGUACAAACAUUAAUAUCAAAAUACUAGUUUCUUUUUAAGGAUUAA